GAUAUCCGGUUAGUGGCGGAAAAUUCGAAAGUCCUCUAGACAUUAUUUGGAUUUGAUUAUUUGUUUCGAAUGAGCAGCUUGCAAGUGGAUGGGCACUGAAAUAUUUUAAUCAAACAUUUUUCUGUAUAAGAUUGCCAUGACUGAGGAAUACGGGAUCCUUUUUAAAAAAAAAACAAUACAGUGUAUGUUACAGUCAUUCUUCAAAGAUGAGAAGACCAAGAUGACCAGUGAAGCUAUACAUUUGUCCAGAGAGUUGAUUGGACUCUUUAUAACAGAGGCAAUAAUGAGGUCCUGCAAAGAAGCAGAGAAAGACAGCACUACCACAGUGUCAAUUGAACAUCUAGAGAAAAUUCUUCCACAACUUUUGCUGGAUUUCUGAGAUGAUGAUAUUGCCAGAAGAUGAAUGGAUACCUUGUGAAGGUGUUAUAUGGACUGUUAAAGAUUAUAAAUUUCAUAGACUUAUGAUGUUUUACAUUAUUAUUAAAAAUAUUAUACUUAAUCAAAAUAUAUUUAGACAUGCUUGAUGUGUGAUGGUCAACCACCUGUGUGGUCCAUUUUUUCUCUUCUGAUGUGAGAGGCGCUAGUCAGUAUUCCUGGUUUGUUCAAGACUCCCAAAGCAUUCAGAUUUAUACAGUAAAAGCAAAAACUGGUCAAUUAAGUUCAAAGUCAAAAAACUGUCUUUGCCAUCUCAUUAACAUGUACUCAGUGAGUACAUUAGGUUGUGAUUUUGAUCCCCAUAAGAUUGAACCAAAUUUGAAAAAUCGGUAAAAAAAAAUGCACCUCCCGCAAUCACACUGUAUUUAGGAGUAAGAACAAGUACUAGUACUCUCAUAGUCUUGGAAGGUUGACAUCUUUCUGCAACCCUUUGCAGAAAAAGGUUUCAAAACCUACUCAGUGUAACCAUGGUAACAGUCUGGAACAAAAAUUCAUAUAAAAAUUUGUUCUUUUCUUGCAUACAAUCAUAUGCAACCAUCCAUAAUCAAAGUCAUAUUUUUCAUCCCUAUCUCCCUCCUCCUCCAACUGGUCAUCAUCAUCAUUGGUGUUGUUGCUCCUGACAUGUUUUUAGCAAAUUUCAAAGUUUUGGGUUAUUAUUAGCUUACUAAAGCUUUUGCCAUCACUUUGGGACAGUCAUCAUCGUCAUUCGUUGUUCAUUUAUUGUCAUAACAUUUAAAAAAAAAUCAUUUAUGAAAUACUGGGCCAAGUCUCAUUUAACUUGACCUGUAAAUUCCUUAGGAAAUGUUGUUUGAAAUUGUCAUCGGGAUUAUGUACAUCAACAAAAAUAGCCACUUGCUAAAACUUGAACAUAGAGAAUAAAAUAAAGUUUUUGGAUUAGAUCUCUUUUUCUGACGCAGUAAUUGCAGGUUAAAAAUCUAUCUACGGAAUUUUCAAAAUUCUCUGACAUCUUAAUUUGGAUUGAAAUGACUAUUUUGCCCUGUAUUAUCUCAAAGAAUAACAGAUGGAGAGAAAUUCUAAAAGUAAAAAAGACAAGAACAAUAAGAUCUUCAGAUUAAUCAACUUGACAGAAAGUAUGAGGAUGGAUUUCAUGAAGACCUCUCUAAGUUCUAAUAAUAUUCAGUUUUUUCCCAGAAUGUUGUGAAGUCUAAGAUUCCCGUUUCUCUAAUCUAUGGCCUUUGAAUACCAACAUAACUAAAAACUGUUUUUUAGUUUGUGAUUUCUAGUAUGUAAAUUUUAUUAGUGCUUGGUGUCUGUUCAAUUAGGAAUUAUUGCCUUUUUGAAUUUUGAUGUUUACUUUUUAUGUAUAUUUUUAUGCCCCACCUACGAUAGAAGAGAGGCAUUAUGUUUUCUGGUCUGUGCCUCUGUUCGUGCGUCCGUGCGUCCUUUCGCUUCAGGUUAAAGUUUUUGGUCAAGGUAUUUUUAAAAACAGUUGAAGUCCAAUCAACUUGAAACUUAGUACACAUGUUCCCCAUGAUAUGAUCUUUCUAAUUUUAAUGCCAAAUUAUAGUUUUGACCCCCAUUUUAUGGUCCACUGAACAUAGAAAAUGAUAGUGUGAAGUUCAGGUUAAAGUUUUUGGUCAAGGUAGUUUUUGAUGAAGUUAAAGUCCAAUCAACUUGAAACUUAGUACACAUGUUUCCUAUGAUUAUGAUAUGAUCUUUCUAAUUUUAAUACAAAAUUAAAGUUUUGACCCCAAUUUCACGGUCUACUGAACAUAGAAAAUGAUAGUGCGAGUGGGGCAUCCGUGUACUAUGGACACAUUCUUGUUUGUUUUAAAACACAGAAGAAAGUCUUUAAGAGUUCUCAAGUUGUAAGAUUUCAGCAAAAUAAGAUCUGGCAAUAUAAGUGAAUUGUAAGUUUACAUGAGUUAUUGCCCUUGAAAGAUCUGUGUUUACUAAAAAAAAUGAGAAAAAUGUUCAAAAAAUUAAGGUCUACAAAUUAGCAGGAAUUGUCAAUUGAUUCAUUAUAGAAGUUCAUUAAAGAUGAGUUUUA